GUAAAAACAUCGGGAUAAACUUUCUCCCAUAUCGUCCAGCCCUGGUCUGGACACCUCAGCAGGUGGACUGUAGGAGCUCUGAACCCUCAUAGAAACUGAUCACCUGUGUCUGUAUUUACCUGCAGAAACUAUCAAACCUCAGUCUGAGUGGACCCUCACCUGUCUCCAUAGACCUGACCCACAGACAGGUAUGAACCCACGGACAGGUCUGAACCCACGGACCCGUGUCACCCUGUUAGCUGUUAGCCUCCUUAGCAUCUCUCAUCCUUCAGCUCGUCCACCUGAAGGAUGCUGAUAAAACCUCACAGCAUGUUUACACACCUGUCUGUACCUGAAUUCUCCGUAAACAGGUAAACUAACCGACUGUCAGUGAAUUAGUUUGUUUAUUUUAUUCUUUUAGCAUUAGCAUCAAGGAUGCCCGGCAGCUAACAGGCUAACAGGAUGAUGACGGUGACCCGCGUUAACUUCACAGCAGCAGCGGAGACAAACAUUCAGCCUCGGGGUAAAAGAAUCAGACAAACAGAGACUAAGUAAAGUUUAUUUUUCUCACCAGCCGUCUGAACACACUGAAGGAGCCUCUGGUCACCGCCGCCAUCUUUCCUCUCCUCUGCUGCCGCUGCUGCUGCACGCCCCCACCAGGAGCCAAUCAGAGCGCAGCGGCGGCUUGAUGACCUGUCUGAUCCUCAGCGUUCAGGCUGCCACCCAGCGGUGAGAAGGAGAACUACAACAGGAUAACAGCGUCAAUUCAAUCAUCAGAUAAUCAGAAAUAAAUAAAAUAAAAUAAAAUAGAAUAAAUAAUCAAAAAUAAAUGAUCCUCAAAGUAGAUUUUUUUUCUUUUCCAAACCUUUAUUUCAGUUCUUCAGCGACGAAAUGUGCAUACUUACCUUCAUUCAUACUAGAGGAAUCAAGACUUUGCAAAAAAAAAGAAAAGAAAAAACAAAAAAUCCUAGUCCGGCCUACAAAAGAUACAUAAGUUAUAAUAUAAAUUAUGACAUUGGGGUCAUACAUAAAUUCAGUUCAGAUCAUAGAGAGGACCUCAAGCCUUCGUGGAAAGUCAUCGUUCGAAUCUCUUUCUUAUUCGUUAGUCCAGACAGUGUUUUAAGAUAUAUCUUCAUUUCAUUUAAACUGGUGGAUAUUUGGUUUCUUUUUAGAUCAUUUAGAUUUAUUUCUAUAAAAUCUUCCAUACAAAGUAAAAAAGGUUUAUCAAAAAAAUAUGACUUAGGUUCAUGUUCUUUUUAUUUUUAAAAUAAAAAAUAAUAUCUCUCUUUUACAGAUCAAAGUAGAAUUAACAAGCCACAAGUUACUGGUUUAUGAUAAUUACAUGUUCAUUUAAACCUCAGUGUCAGUAACAUGUUUUAAAAAAGAGGUUAGAGAACCAAAACAACAGGUAAAAAGUUGUUAUAGAGGAACAAACAGUCAACCAAAUCAAAUCAGAACAACAUGAGAGAAUAUUGAAAUUUGAAUUCUAUGAAUUUCUUAUUUUUACAGCAUUUUCAAUUUUUAUAGUUUGUACAUAAUACUGUAAAUGUAGGGAUAAUAAUAAAAACAAUAGGGAUGAAUAAAUGUGGGGUAUACAACAGAGUAUUAGGGCCACAUUAAGAAAAAAAAUUAAGACUUUGGGAUUAAAGUCGUUAAUUUAGAAAAAAAUAAGUAAUUACUAAGGAGAAUACAGUCGUAAUAAAAUCAUUACUUAUGAGAGUAAAGUCAGAAUAAAGUCGUUAUAUACUAACCUGUUAAGAUGACAGGAGCAUUGAGUGAAAAUGUACUUUAAUUUAAGUUUUAAGAUACUUAAUUUUUGGUACAUCAGAACCACAUUAUCAUAAGUAUCAUUAUGAAUUUACUACGACUUUAUUCGCGUAAAUUAAUUACUUUAAUCUUGAAGUCUUAAUUUUUUUUUCCUUUAUGUGGGCUAACACUCCGUCGUAUAAUAAUAAAAACAUUAGGGAUAAAAAAAACGAGGGGUACUGACGUCAUACGAUCAUGAUCAGAUCUAAUUCAUUUGUGCUCACAGCAUCCUGCAGAUGCUACUGUUUCUCUUUCUGCCGACAGGGGGCGACUACACAGCUCCACCGAAGACAUCAAUAGGUUUAAAAAGCCACAGUAACACCGGAAAUUACUUUCAAAAUAAAAGCAAAUAUUAUUGAAUCAAAACAAAGCAAGUCACUGCUCAGAACAACACGGCGUGUGCUGAACUGGACUGAGAAUUAUUUUUUUAGUGUAAUGUAAAUAUGAAAAACCUCUGUAAAGCAAAAUAAAAACCAGAAUAAAGCCCAACGAACAAUAACUGAUGAAUAUCUGUUCAGGACUAUCGUUGUUUAGGAUGUUUAAAUUCCAAACUUUAUUACUCAGAAACAUCUUUUUAACAUUUUAUAACACUGACUCUGUGGAUAUAGACAGUUAGUUUAUAUUCUCAGCAGCUCAGUGUCAGUCCGUCACUAAAGCCAGCUUUUAUUUUGAAGGUUACCGGAAGAUUAUGUAGCUUAUUUUUUGUCUAACUUGAUCCAGAGAAGUUCAGAGAAGAAGAAGAAGACAAACAGUGAGGAGAUCCGGAUCCUUCAGUCUGAAUCGUGUGAGAGUCUUUAAAGUUCUGAGAUCGUGGGUCCAGAUGGAGGGUUCGGUUCUGAUAGACGGCAGUGUGAUGGAAGGAGUGAGUAUCGAACCCGCGGCGGACUCUCCCCGCUGCUCUUUAUGCUAACAGAGGGCUAACACUGUUAGCAGCCGGUGUCUCAUGUGUGUUCUGUGUCCCGGUGUCGGUUCUCCUCAGGGCGGACAGAUCCUCAGGAUGUCCGCGGCUCUCAGCUGCAUCACCGGAACCGCCAUCAAAAUUUCCAAAAUCCGGGCCGGUAGGAGCACACCGGGGCUUAGGUGAGUUCACUGGCUAGCAGGCUAACGUUAGCCUAUUCAUUAAAGUUGGUCAUCGGCUAACUUAGUUAGCAGAGACUAACAAUAACCCCCCCAGAACCGAACCCCAGUCUGUCUGAGACCGGACCUGACCUGAUCCAGUAUCCAGGACAGAGCACAGCCGCUAAAGUUCAUCUUUAUCCUGUUUUUGGCCUGUGAGAAGAAGAGUCCGACCAAACUCCAUUUAAAAAAACGUAAAUUUAGAAUGUUUGAUUUAAAGUUAAACGUCAGGUAAAAUCUGCCACAUAAAUAUUUAUAUAUCUGAAUUCUACUGAAGUAGCUCUAAACGUCGGCAUCCAUCUUCUUUAUUCAGCUGACUAAUAAUGUGCUGAAAUAAAGCCAGAAACCCAAAGUGACCAGUGUGAGCUCAUGCUUAGUUAGCAGAGUCUAACAAUAACCCCAGACCGAACCCCAGUCUAUUUAACUCUGUCUGAGACCGGACCGGACCUGAUCCAGAAUCCAGGACAGAGCACAGCUUCCGAAGUUCAUCUUUAUUCCUGUCAUUGGCCUGUGAGAAGAGCCCGACCAAACUCCGUUUUUAAAAAAGCGUAAAUUUAGAAUGUUUGUCUCAAAAUCAAACGUCAGGUAAAAUCUGUCACAUAAAUAUUUAUAUAUCUGAAUUCUGCUGAAGUAGCUCUUAACAUCGGCAUCCAUCCUCUUUAUUCAGCUGACUAAUAAUGUGCUGUAAUUAUGCCAAAACCCAGAGUGAUCAGUGUGAGCUCAUGCUGCAGCGUUUGUUCCAGAAAAGAAGCUGAGAUCAUCUCUGACCAUCAGGCUGGAUGACAGAAGGAUGAACAAUGUGCCGAUUUCACAGUCUGACUGUAAACAUCCAAAAAUACAGACAGAAAUCUGUAUCACAGGUGUUGACUCUAAAUCAAGCUGGAAAUUUGUGCCCAGGCCUUUGUUAGGAGAGUUACUCAUAAAGCUAAAAAGAGAAAAAAAUGAACUUUAAUGAGAUAUUAAAACACCAGGUUUCCAACUUUCCAACUUUUUUUCCUAUUUUACUAUUUUGUGUUGUAUAUAGUGUAUAUACUUGUAUAUUAUCUCUUUAUUUUUUACUUCUUUUAUCUAUAAUUUAUCUCCUCUUUCUACUUUAUUUGCACAGGAGUUACUGAGACAAAAAGCAAUUUCCCCCUGUGGAUUAUUAAAGUAUUUCUGAUUCUGAUUCUGGGUUUGAUGAGAGAAUUUAUCUGUGUGUGUGUGUGUGUGUGUGUGUGUGUGUGUGUGUGUGUGUGUUCAGGCCACAGCACUUGAGCGGCCUGCAGCUGGUGUCAGAUCUUUGUUCUGGUAGUCUUCAGGGAGCGACCAUCGGAUCAACAGACAUCAGUCUGAGUCCAGGAAAGAUCCAGUCCGGGAACCACACAGCCGACCCGCAGACAGCAGGGUGAGAGCACGCGCACACACACACACACACACACAAACACGGGCACACUCAUCAUAUGAACUUUUACUCUGGGAAUCAAGUAGGACUAUGUGAUAAUACUCACUAAUAAUGUAAUUUGUAAUAACACUGUGUGUGUGUGUGUGUGUGUGUGUGUGUGUGUGUGUGUGUGUGCGUGUCAGGAGUGUGUGUCUCCUCCUGCAGGUGGCGCUGCCCUGCGCUCUGUUUGCCGACUCGUCCUCACAGCUCUGUCUGAAGGGAGGAACCAACGCAGAGAUGGCUCCUCAGAUCGACUACACUGUCAAGGUCUGUCACAACGUCACUGCGCUGCUAAUAACAGCCUUAAGAAACUGUUAUUAAUGUGAUAAUAAAUCAAUAAAUAAACUAUUAUAAUACUGACAAUAACAGCCUUAAGAGACUGUUAUUAAUGUGAUAAUAAAUCAAUCAAUAAACUAUUAUAAUACUGACAAUAACAGCCUUAAGAAACUGUUAUUAAUGUGAUAAUAAAUCAAUAAAUAAACUGUUAUAAUACUGACAAUAACAGCCUUAAGAAACUGUUAUUAAUGUGAUAAUAAAUCAAUAAAUAAACUAUUAUAAUACUGUCAAUAACAGCCUUAAGAAACUGUUAUUAAUGUGAUAAUAAAUCAAUAAAUAAACUGUUAUAAUACGGUGAAUAACAGCCUAAAUAUUCUGUCGUAAGUGUGAAUAACCCCUCACAAAUAUGUACAGUCUUUAAAACCCUUUAAAUAAACUGUCAUUAUAGUGGUCAGACACUUUAAAUAUCGACCAUUACAGUGAUAAAAACCCUACAAAUAAUCUCUCAUCACAUUGUUUAAUAACCCGAUUAUAUGCUGUGUUUAUUACCCCAUAAAUAUUUAAAUUCAACUUUAUUUUUAUGGAACUUUUCAGACAAAAAAAAAUGUAGUUCAGUUUCUCACAGAGGCUAAAAACAACAAUUAAACAACAAUAAAACUCAACCCACCCACACACACACACCCUCACUCACUCACCCACACACACACACACAUACAAGCACACACAGAGUGAGAAUUUAAGAAAUAUUGUUAAAGAGCCAUGGCCUGACACCGACGUGAGGAAAGAGCGACCUUUAGGAAACAAAGUAAAAUUAAAAAAUAAAUGGAUAAAUAAAUAUAUAAAUUUUAAAAUUAAUAAAUAAAAAAUAAAAAAAUGCCUAAAAGAAAGACUAAAACAUGAUGGACUAAAACAAGAAAAUAAAAUAAAAUGAACAAAUAAGUAAGAGCUCUUUACCAUAUAAAAUUAAAAUAUUCUGUCAUCAGCGUCUCCAUAACAUUUUGUUUCUUUAUUAUAGUGAGCAAAGAGCUACCUUAAGGACACACUCGAGAUAAAAGAUAAAAAAUAAAAUUUGAAAAUGAAUAAAAAAUAAAUAAAAAAAUAUAUUUUUUAAAAAAUGGCUAAAAGAAAGAAUAAAACCUGAUGGACUAAAACAAGAAAAUAAAAUGAACAAAUAAAUAAGAGCUUAAAACAUAUUCCUUCAUCUCCGUAACAUUUAAUAUUUCUUUAUUAGAGUGUAAUGAGCCUUUAAAUGUUCUGUCCUUUCAGCUGUGACUCUGUUUAUGCCCCCAUACUUUACUGUUUAUGACCCUAAUAAUAUAUAAGAUGUUAUAAUAUUGUUAUUGACCCUUUAAUUGUGCUGUUAUUAUCUGAGUUUAUUGUAUUUCUGUACAGAGACAGACCGACGCUCUUUCUCUCUCUCAUCAGUAAACGUCUCUUUUCUCUCCUCAGGUGUUCAAACCAAUCGUAGAGAAGUUCGGCGUUAAUUUUGACUGUGACAUCAGGAUGAGGUAAUUUCCUGUUUGUUCAUGAGUGACAGCACCCACCUGUGUGUAUGUGUGUGCGUGACGUUGUGUGUUUUUGUGUGUAUCAGAGGUUACUACCCUAAAGGUGGAGGUGAGGUGAUGGUGACGGUGAACCCAGUUAAAGAGCUGCUGCCCGUCACCAUGACGGAGAGAGGAAACAUCACCAAGAUCUACGGCCGGGCGUUCGUCGCUGGCGUGCUGCCCUUCAAAGUACAUUUACCGCCAUUACACAGGAAAUGAUGUCAUCAGACAGUAAAGAGGACGUGUUAAACUUACAGUGGAGCUUAUUUUGAAACUGGUUUUGUUCUCAGCUGGCGAAAGACAUGUCAACGGCGGCGGUCCGGACCAUCAGGAAGGAAAUCAAAGAUUUGUACAUCAACAUCCAAUCACUGCAGGAGAAAGAGAAGGCCUGCGGCAACGGCAACGGCAUCAUGUAAGCCCCGCCCACGCCACGACGUCCCUGCUGCAUAACUGUCCGAUAGAGCGGUUUGGAGAGUUUCCUUUCCACCAUUUUAAUGAAAUCUGGACGUUUUAUAAAACCGUCAAAUUCUUGUUUUUAAAUCGACGUUUUUUACGCGGCGUCUGAGUGAGACUGGUGAGCUGCUCUCUGAUUGGUCGGUCUCCUCUCUGUGUUUCAGAAUCAUCGCGGAGUCGUCUACAGGUUGUGUGUUUGCGGGGUCGGCUCUGGGGAAGAAAGGUGAGAGGUCACACGCACGCGCACACACACACACACACACACACAGCUCUGUGAUCAGUAUGACGGUUUGAUUCGCUGCUUGCCCUCUGUCGCCAUGGUUACAGUCAAACAUCCUCUUCUUUAGUCGUGGUUUGUUUGCAGAGUUUAACCUAGAUUGUGUGUGCGCGCGUGUGUGUGCGUGUGUGUGUGUGUGCGUGCGUGUGUGUGUCUGUGUCUCAGGUGUGUAUGCAGAUAAAGUCGGUAUCGAAGCUGCAGAGAUGUUGCUCAGAAACAUUCGACAUAACGGCUGCGUGGACGAGUUCCUGCAGGAUCAGGUGAGACAAACACCUGAUGACAUCACAGGUGUACAGCUUUAAAAGGUCAGAAUACGAGACUGAAGGUCAUUGCACGUGCUCAGUAGUGUUCUCGCCUCCCUCCCUGCAGCUCAUCAUCUUCAUGGCGUUGGCAAAGGGAAGGUCCCGGAUCAGAACCGGAGCGGUGACGCUGCACACACAGACCGCCAUCCACAUGGCGGAGCAGCUGACUCAGGUCAGACAUGCGCGCACACACACACACACACACACACACAUGAUGUGAUUUUCUCUGUAAACACGUUAAAUGUUGUUUUUUGGUUUUCAGGCGAAGUUCACGAUCACAAAGUGCGACGACGAGCUGAGCAGCAACGACACCUACAUCAUCGAGUGUGAAGGAUCAGGAGCAACAAACCCUCACCUGUAGCAUGCGCACACACUCACACACUCUCACACACACACUCACCAGUUCUCUCUCUGUGGACUCUGUAGCUGCUCCGUCAUGGCCGUCUCUCAGCUUCUGUCUCUCAGGGUGUUUCUUGUUUCUCUGAUGCUGGAAUAAAGAAAUCAAACUGUGU